AUGUCCAACAGCAGCUCCAUCAGGCACUUCCUCCUGCUGGCACUGGCAGACACGCGGCAGCUGCAGCUCCUGCACUUCUGCCUCUUGCUGGGCAUCUCCCUGGCUGCCCUCCUGGGCAACGGCCUCAUCAUCAGCGCCAUAGCCUGCGGCCACCACCUGCACACGCCCAUGUUCUUCUUCCUGCUCAACCUGGCCCUCAGCGACCUGGGCUCCAUCUGCACCACUGUCCCCAAAGCCAUGCACAAUUCCCUCUGGCACACCAGGGACAUCUCCUAUUCAGGAUGUGCUGCACAGCUUUUCUUUUUUCUUUUUUUUAUGUCAGCAGAGUUUUCCCUCCUGACCAUCAUGUGCUACGACCGCUACGUGUCCAUCUGCAAACCCCUGCACUACAGGACCCUCCUGGGCAGCAGAGCUUGUGCCCACAUGGCAGCAGCUGCCUGGGCCAGUGGCUUUCUCAAUGCUCUGCUGCAAAUGGCCAAUACAUUUUCCCUGCCCCUGUGCCAUGGCAAUGUCCUGGGCCAGUUCUUCUGUGAGGUGCCCCAGAUCCUCAAGUUCUCCUGCUCACACUCCACCAUCAGAAAUAUGUGGAUUUCAUUGGUUGCUGCCUCUUUAGCUUUAGGCUGUUUUGUGUUCAUUGUUUUCUCCUAUGUGCAGAUCUUCAGGGCUGUGCUGAGGAUCCCCUCUGAGCAGGGAAGGCACAAAGCCUUUUCCACCUGCCUCCCUCACCUGGCCGUGGUCUCCCUGUUUCUCAGCACUGGCACAUUUUCCUACCUGAAGCCCUCCUCCAUCUCCUCCCCAUCUCUGGAUCUGGCCCUGUCAGUUCUGUACUCGGUAGUGCCUCCAGCCCUGAACCCCCUCAUCUACAGCCUGAGGAACCAGGAGCUCAAGGCUGCAGUGUGGACACUGAUGAAUAGACAGUUACAGAAACUUUAA